UCUACCUGCGCAACAAUGCGCACUGAACACAGUCUGGAUUCAUCCUGAAGUCUUGGACAGCGGGAUUUAUAUAUCCUGGGAAAAAUUAUACUUCUUGGAAAUUUGCUUCAGAUUGACUUGAGUUAAUAACAGACUGGCUACUCACAGUGAAAAUUCACUUUCUCUUUCAUUGAGUGAAAACGAGUUGAGACCAUAAUGAGCCGAAAAACACGACGCUGGAUAUUUCGCAUUUUCCUCUGUCUCGGAAUAAUAUACUUGAAAAUGGGAGGGUUCUCUACUGUACUGGCGCUGGGAGCGAGCAUUAUAUGCAACAAGAUCCCCGGACUGGCCCCCAGACAGCGGAUCAUCUGUCAGAGCCGGCCGGACGCGAUCAUCGUGAUUGGAGAGGGCGCGCAGAUGGGCAUCAACGAGUGCCAGUUUCAGUUCAAAAGCGGCCGCUGGAACUGCUCCGCCCUCGGCGAGAGGACCGUCUUCGGAAAAGAGUUGAAAGUGGGAAGUAAAGAAGCUGCUUUCACAUAUGCCAUCAUCGCGGCAGGAGUGGCCCAUUCUAUAACAGCCGCCUGCACACAGGGCAACCUCAGCGACUGCAGCUGUGACAAAGAGAAGCAGGGGUUCAAUGGUCAUAUAGAUGGCUGGAAAUGGGGCGGUUGCUCGGCAGACAUCCAUCAUGGCUUGGGCUUCUCCAAGGUGUUUGUGGAUUCUAGAGAGACAAAACACAGUGCCAGGACGCUCAUGAACCUACAUAACAAUGAAGUUGGACGAAAGGUCUUAGAAAGGAACAUGCGUUUGGAGUGUAAAUGUCAUGGUGUAUCUGGAUCAUGCACCACCAGAACCUGCUGGACGACUCUCCCCAAGUUCCGUGAGCUCGGCUUCAUCCUCAAAGACAAAUACACCAACGCUGUCCACGUGGAGCCAGUGAAAGCCACCCGCCACAAACGGCCCACCUUCCUCAAAAUAAAAAAACCCUACUCCUACCGCAAGCCCAUGGACACGGAUCUUGUGUACAUUGAAAAAUCACCCAAUUACUGCGAAGCUGAUCCCGUGACAGGCAGUGUUGGGACUCAGGGCCGGAUUUGCAAUAAAACGCUGAUGCAUCAUCCAAAUGGCUGUGAUCUCAUGUGCUGCGGCCGAGGAUACAACACACAUCAGUAUUCACGUAUGUGGCAGUGCAACUGCAAGUUUCUUUGGUGCUGUUAUGUAAAGUGCAACACUUGUAGUGAGAGGACAGAGGUGUACACGUGUAAAUGAGCAAUGUUUAUGGACUGAUUUAGCUGAAACAUAUUUAUUUUACCUAAAGGAUAACUCAAUAAUUUGGUAUGUUGUUGUGUUGUUUUGCACAAGACCUUAGUAAGACAUGCUUCCUUUACUUCAGUGGAAUAUCAUCAAGAUUUUCAAAGCUUUACUCUGGAGAAAGAAUUCAUAAUGAGAAAAAACUUGCAUAUCUGGAAUAAAAUAAGGCUCUCUUGCUGUACAUGAUAUAAGACUGAUAACAGAUACCUGCACCUUGACUUUACCAGUGGAGCUACUGAAACUGGGUUUUUACACUGGGAAAGUUUGCUGCGGUCUGAAUCUGAGCACAAUUGUUCCCUGCAUCCCCCGCAGCAUUGUUAUGGUUUCGGACUCAUGUAUGAUUCUGUCGAACCUUGGAGCUUUUACGUCAUCAACUUGUGCCACCCCACAUGUGCAUAUGAUGGAAAGCACAACUCGGGUCAAUAUAUUUGUGUGUUUGUUAUUCAUUUUGUGUCAUUAUGAACACCAGAGUGAACAAAAUUUGCGCCUCUGUGCUUCGUAUGCUGUAAUUCAGCAGUUGUACAUGUCCAGGGGAAGGAGACUAUAUCUAAUGCUCACAAACAAUCUUUUUUGAGGACACAGCUGGAUGCAUGCUCACUCACUUAAUUAUAAAAAAGGCAUCUCACCUUUUGUGUGUCCCUCAACGUUUACUUGUCAACUCAAGUUUUAUUUGUCACAUACACAGUACGACAUGUAGUGAAAUUCUUGAUACAACUUUUCUCUCAACAGUUUAUGAUAAAGAUUGUGUGUGUGUUUGUUUUUGUGCAACUAUUAAUGUCAUUAUGCCCAUGCCCAAGUAAUUUUACUUCCUGAACAAGUGCGGACCUGAGUACAGGUUGCUUUCUCACUCGUGCGAACCACACCACAGUCCCAGUGCAACCAAACUCAGACCACCUUCUACAGGUAGUCUCGGAUGCUGUACUGCAGUCCACCCCACAGUCCGCAAAACAGCUUUCAAAUGACUAACUUUUCAUGCAAACCGUGCUCUGUUUUGGACUAAACAGCCAGUGUGAAAGCCCCCUGAGAGACACAAUCUUGAAAGAUAUUUAACAAAUACUCCAAUAGAGCACAUCAUUAGGUAUCCAUAAGUAAAUAUCCCAUUCAUUUUCUCCAUAAUGCUUUUUAGCAAUAAAGUAAACCUUUCAAGACAGAUCUACCAUGAGCUCUGAGAUUGUUAAGUGAUGAUAUAUAUGCUUCUGUAGAAGCCACAAGUAAGCUUCUUUAAAAAAAAAAAAAAAAAAUUAAUAUUUGAUGAUUUCCUGAAGAAAUACACUACCCAUAAUCAUAAAGAUAGAUGGCCCAAUCAGAGAAGUUGCUGUUACCAUGAGAACAUGAAUUGCUGCUGCUGCAAAAGUGUGUUUCCAGACAUCCAAUCAUUCUUAAAAGAAUAUUCUGCAUUCAAAACCAUUUAAGCUCAAUAAUCAGCAUUUGUGACCUAAUGUUGAUAACCAUAAAAAAUUUAUAUUGACUUGUCACUCUUUAAGGAACUUAUAAUGGAAGCGAAUGGGGACAAACCAUAAACGUUAAAAUAUACUGGCUGUUUCAAAAGUGUAGCCACAAGAUGUAAACAACAUGCGUGUUAACAUGAUUUUAGUGUGAUAAAAUCACUUAACAUUUCUGUGCAAACUUAUAUAAAACUUUACAACUUCUGUGCCAUGACGACGUAAUGUUGUAAAGCCUAAAACAUCUGUAAAAAUUACAGUUUAAACUACUUGACAGCUCAAAUAAUACACAAAUUUUACACAAGAAUUCAUAUAACUGCUUUUAUAUAAUUAUAAGCUUCACAUAUCUGGCUUUAAACACUCAAAACACUGUCCCCAUUCACUUCCAUUGUGUGUAUCACUGUAACCUCGAAUUUUUCUUUUUAAAGAAAAGUAGGGUCAAGUUCAAAUAAAUUGUUUGUGGUAAUCAACAUUAUGCCACAAAUGCUGUCGAUUGAGCUUAACUUGUAUUGAACCUGAAAUAUUCCUUUAAAAAUGAUACAUUUACUUUAGAUGCAAAAUGACAAUAGAUUUUGUUGUGUUUUCAGAAAAAUCUGUCAAAAUGUUGCAAUGUUUAUUCAACAAAAAAGGGACAAAAAAAUAGAUUUGUCAAUGGGGUAAAAAAAAAAACCUUGAUUCAAAGGGAAAUAGUUUUUCUUUUUUUAAGUAUAAACCCCAUUCAAUUUAGAUAGCGUGUUUGAAAAGAAGACUUAAUAUCUUGUCAUUCUGCUUCUUAAAUCAUUUCUCCUAGUUUUUAAAGAUGUUAAAAGUUUUUGCGUAAACUCCCAUUAAGCAUU